AUGGAUGAUGCUCUUAACGACCCUUUUGUAACCAAGGAUGAGGAGCCAGGCACUUACAGACCUUAUGAACUUGGCCAGGAAAUGGGAGUGUGGGUGAACAACUCUGAUGGCGUGACUCCUGCUGUUGGGCAGGCCUGGCCUCCUGGAUAUUCCGUGUUUCCUGACUUCACCAACCCCAGGACAGUGGAAUGGUGGACCACGUUGUGUCUGGAGUUUAAGGAUGUUCUUGACUACGAUGGCAUCUGGAUUGAUAUGAAUGAGCCAUCCAAUUUCAUGAGAGGCCAGCUACCUGGAUGUGCUGAUACUGAAAUCAAUAACCCUCCUUACACUCCUAGCAUCACUGAUCGUUCUCUGGCGGAAAAGACACUGUGUCCUGACUCCAAGACUUACCUUGGAGACCACUACAACACACACUCUCUCUUUGGCUGGUCCCAGACAGAACCAACUUUCAAUGUUGUCCAGCAGGCUACUGGCAAGCGGGCAUUUGUCUUGGCUCGGUCCACGUUUGUUGGCAGUGGGAAGCACGGUGGUCACUGGCUUGGUGACAACUUCUCCCUGUGGAAGGACCUGCACCACUCAAUCAUUGGAAUCCUGGAAUUCAACCUCUUUGGCAUUCCCUAUGUUGGUGCUGAUAUCUGUGGGUUUAACUACAACACUACCUACGAACUCUGCCUGCGUUGGAUGCAGCUUGGCUCUUUCUAUCCAUUUUCCAGAAAUCACAAUUCAAUUGAAAACAUAGAACAAGACCCAGCUGUGUUUGGAGAUACUUUUGCCGAGAUAUCUCGUGAUACUCUUCGGAUCAGAUACUCUCUGCUGCCAUACUUAUACACCCUGUUCUACGAGUCUCAUGUGUACGGAGGCACAGUGGUGCGGUCACUGAUGCACGAAUUUACCUCUGAUCAGGAGACUCAUGGAAUAGAUACUGCCUUCCUUUGGGGACCGGCCUUUAUGAUUGCUCCAGUUCUUGAAGAGGGAGCAAGAUCUGUGAGUGUAUACUUCCCUGAAGCACAGUGGUUCGACUACUAUACCGGUUUAGAAGUGCCAAGUGCCUGGAAGAAGACCUACACUACUGUGUCUGCCCCACUGAACAAGAUCCCUCUGUACAUCCGUGGAGGGUACAUUCUGCCACAGCAGGCACCAGCCACAACCACUACUGAGAGCCGCCUGAACCCAUUUGGACUCAUUAUUGCCCUGGAUGAAGAAGGACAAGCCUCUGGAUCUCUCUUCUGGGAUGAUGGUGAUUCCAUUGAUACUAUUGAAAAAGAGAACUACUUCUUGGCUAAAUACACAUUCAGCAAUGGAAGCCUGAAAACAGAAAUAGUUAAAAAUGGCUACGCUGGAGCUGAAACUCUGAAGUACAACAAGAUUACCAUUCUUGGCCUGAAACAGAGACCUCAAGCUGUGUCUCUGAAUGGAAGAUCCAUCCAUGGAGAUGCUGUGUCUUAUGAGAUCAGUGGGAAGCUGGUUUUGCGGAUUUCCGCUCCACUUACUCAGGAGCUCAACGUUAAGUUAUACUAGAAUGGUCAGAACACACUGACUUAAUUUAGCAUCCUUAGCCCUUUGAUUUAUCCCACUUUGAUUUUAAUGUAAAAAAAAAAAAAAAUAGUCAUUAAAACAUUGCAUGUGAA